GCAACUAAUCGCGCCUACGAGCCACGGUGCGAACGUAAGUAUACGUACAUACACGCUGACCACGACCACGACCGACCGCCAGCACACCGUUGGUCAUCAUGGCGAUGCCGCCUCCUCCUCCGCCUCCACUUUAUCCUGCGACGGCCGGCGGCAAGCCUGAACGGAAGACGGUGGAGCGCAACCGCCGCAACCAGAUGAACGCGUUGUACUACCGCCUGGACACGCUCGUCCGCGCCGGCGGCGCCACCUCUUCUCCCGCACCGGCGGCGGCGACGAGGCCCGACAGGCUCGGGGAGGCGGCGACGUACAUAAGCCAGACGGCGGAGCGGGUGGAGAGGCUCAAAGAUAGGAAGCGCGAGCUGACCGCGGCCAGGGUGUCAUCGACGACCGAGCUGGGCUCCGGCUCUGGUUCCUCGUCGGGGGCGGCGGCCGUCGUGGUGGAGGUCCAUCAUCUUGGCUCGGGUCUGCACGGCAUCCUCGUCACCGGUGCCCCUCCCAGCGACGGCUCGAUGUUCCACCGUGCCGUUCGCGCGGUGGAGGAGGCCGGCGGCGAGGUGCAGAACGCGCACUUCUCCGUGGUCGGCGCUAGGGCCGUGUACACCAUCCACACGCUGGUUGGAGAGCAGCAGGGCAGCAUCGAGAGGGUGGUGCAAAGGCUCAAGGAAACAGUACGUGGACGCUAAGAUCCCGCCGUGAACGAGAAAAUUCUCCUUGAUCCCAUACAGAAACUAAAUUAUUUCAUUUGAAACUGAUUACAAAUUUGUGUGUUGCAUCGUAACGCUACUACAGUAGUAAGGCUAGUCGAUCGGCCAGCAUGCAUGCAUGCACACAUAGCGCGUGCAAUUCUACUUGAGCAAUUAGCGUGUUGGCUAUCAGUCAACGCGCAUGCAAUGGUAUACAUAGCUCAAAAUGUGUUACAAAACCAGUAGCCCUAUGCAGAUUGCAGAUGAUCUACGAAUAUAUGUGUGGUUUCUUAUUGUUCAUGCUAUUGAAAACUUUGUACUCUUACAUCGAGUCUAAUAAAAAAAGAUAUAUGUAUGU